GUACUUUCCCAAGGAAUUGACAUUUACUUUGAGAAUGUCGGGGGAAAGACGCUGGACGCAGUGCUUCUCAACAUGAGAAAACAUGGCCGUAUUGCUGUUUGUGGAAUGGUCUCCCAGUACAAUGUUAAGCAACGUGAAGGAGUGAAGAACUUGAUGUGUCUCGUCUACAAGUCCAUUCGCAUGGAAGGAUUCAAUUCAGCUGAUUACUUCUCCGACUACUCCAAGUUCUUAGACACCGUGUUGCCCUUCAUCAGACAAGGAAAGAUUACUUACGUUGAGGACAUUGCUGAAGGCCUUGAGAAAGGUCCCGCAGCCCUAGUAGGACUUUCCAGCGGUCGUAACGUCGGGAAACAGUUAGUUGUAGUUGCUAAGGACUGA